CCUAGAUCAAUAUAAUUAAUUAGCCCUUCUUUGUUUAAGGGUAUUUCUUCUUCUUCUUCUCAUUAGGAAAAAACAAUACCCUUUAAAUAAUGGGAUUGACGAUGAAAUACUACUGCAUAGCAACUUUGCUUUUAGUUCUACAUUUUGUUUUAUCAAAUUCAAUCAAGUUACCUUCGCAAGAAGGUCUAGAAUCAUCUCCUGUUUCAGCCAUGUUUGCGUUCGGAGAUUCGAUAAUCGAUACAGGAAAUAACAACUUUCUUGGGUCUGUUGCAAAAUCUAAUUACUGGCCUUAUGGUUGUGACUUUAACCAAGGUCCUUCUGGAAGGUUUUGUAAUGGCAGGACUGUGGUUGAUAUCCUAGGGGAUAAGCUAGGCAUGCCAUAUCUUCCGGCAUUUGCAGAUCCUGCGUCCGCCGGCUUAAGGAUUACGAGGGGUGUCAACUACGCUUCAGCCGGUGCCGGUAUCCUUGACGAAACCGGUCGACAUUGGGGUGAACGUUUUAGCUUAAGCCAACAAGUAUUAAACUUCGAGAAGACUUUGGAUCAGUUGAGGAACAUUAUGAGUGGUAGAAAUAUGACUCGAUAUCUCGAAAAAUCCGUCGCAUUGUUGGCAUUUGGGAGCAACGACUAUAUCAAUAACUACCUCAUGCCUUCGAUGUAUGAUUCUAGCUUCCAUUACAAGCCUCCAGAGUUUGCCAAUCUUCUCCUCAAUCAUUAUGUUCGUCAACUUUUGGCGUUAUACAACGUAGGAUUGCGGAAGUUUUUCCUAGUGGGAUUAGCACCCCUUGGUUGCAUACCAAACCAGAGAGGAACAGGGCAACCAAGAUGUUUGGACUCUGUGAAUCAAAUGUUAGGUACUUUCAAUGAAGGUCUUCGAUCACUCGUGCAACAGCUUAAUGCUAAUCAUCCAUCUGCAAUCUUUGUUUAUUUCAAUGCUUAUGGUGCUUUGGGAGAUAUACUUAACAAUCCAGCUACCUAUGGAUUUUCGGUAAUUGAUAGGGCAUGUUGUGGAUUAGGACAGAUUACAUGUAUACCAUCUGCAAUUCCUUGUCCAAACAGGAAUGAGUAUUUGUUCUGGGAUGCUUAUCACACCACCGAAGCCGCGAACUCCGUACUUGCUCAACGUGUUUUCGCCGGACCUCCGUCGGAUUGCUACCCUAUCAAUUUGCAGCAGUUGGCUCUUAUAUGAUCGAUGAUACUCAAUUCCUAAUCAACAAUUUCAAACAUAUGUUUUGUUUUCCUUUUGUUUUGAGUGAAUUGAUGUCUGCAUGUGUUUUUGUUUCAGUACUUGAUACAAAUCAAAUCAAAACAAGCUUACAGUUAAUCGAAAUUUUACA